AGGUAAAACCUUUACUUUCGGUUCACUGAUAAGCGCCUUGUUUUAUGUGCAUAUAGCCUUGAACGUCCUUGUAAACAAAUAGCCGUUUAUUUCAUCAUUCGCUUUGGACCAAAGGAUGUCUUCAGAAAUUUACACAUCGGAGAGCGUUGGCUCAGACGAGACCGGAGAAGGAAGUGCAGCCAGGCCUUUUAAAACGGUGCUUCAGGCUAUGAGACUUGCUGCUAAAGAACCAUUUCCAACUAUUUAUGUGGAUGGAAAAGAAGAGGGAACUAAGUAUGAAGUAGCUGCAAAGGCGCAGAUCAAGAAGUGGCAGAAAAUCUGGCAGAGGGAGCUGAGUAAACCUACUGACAGUGAAGAAAAAGAUGCUGACGCCCAGCGCAGAGAAAAGAAUCUCGAGGAGGCAAAGAAAAUUAUCAUCUCUGAAGAUGCUAGUCUUCCAGCUCCUAAGCAAAUUAAACUACGAGAUUCCGCUAGCUACAGGGAUGUUCGCGUAAAGAUCUACGGUUGGGUUCACCGGCUCAGAAGACAAGGAAAGAACCUCAUGUUUCUCGUGCUUAGGGAUGGUACAGGUGUUUUACAAUGUGUUCUCACAGAUUUACUGUGUCAGACAUACGAUGCAUUGACUCUAGCAACAGAAGCUGCUGUUUGUGUUUAUGGUGUCAUCAAGACAUUACCAGAAGGAAAAACAGCACCAGGGAACCAUGAAAUGACGGUUGAUUACUGGGAGCUGAUUGGAGCAUCGCCUGCAGGAGGGGCUGACAACUUACUGAAUGAAGAGGCACAUGUAGAUGUUCAGCUAGACAACAGACAUAUGAUGAUAAGAGGAGAAAACACAUCAAAAGUACUAAAGAUGAGGUCUGCUGCUAUGCAUUGCUUCCGUGAGCAUUAUUUCAGUCGAGGAUACUACGAGGUGACGGCUCCUACACUUGUACAGACACAAGUAGAAGGUGGUUCCACGCUGUUUAAACUAAACUUUUUCAAUGAGGAGGCUUAUUUGACUCAGUCUUCACAGUUAUAUUUGGAGACAGCGCUACCUGCAAUGGGCGAUGUUUUCUGCAUAGCAAGUUCAUUUAGAGCGGAACAGUCAAGGACUAGGAGACAUUUGGCUGAAUACACCCAUAUUGAAGCAGAAUGUCCGUUCAUAUCGUUUAAUGACCUGCUGGACAGACUUGAAGAUCUGGUCUGUGAUGUUGUCGACAGAAUAUUGAAAUGCCCGCUGGGCUACAUUGUUAAUGAACUCAACCCAGAUUUCAAGCCUCCAAAGAGACCUUUCAGAAGAAUGGAGUAUACUGCCGCUUUGAAAUAUUUGAAAGAAAAUGAAAUAAAGAAAGACGAUGGCUCUUUUUACGAAUUUGGCGAUGACAUUCCAGAAGCUCCUGAAAGAAAGAUGACGGAUGCCAUCGGUGAGCCAAUAUUUCUGUGCAAGUUCCCGGCAGAAAUAAAAUCAUUCUAUAUGCCUAGAUGCAAGGAUGACAAGAGACUAACAGAAUCGGUGGACCUCUUGCUUCCAAAUGUUGGUGAGAUAGUUGGUGGGUCAAUGAGGGUAUGGCAGUAUGACGAGUUGAUGGAGGGGUUCAGUCGAGAGGGUAUUGACCCUAAAAACUACUACUGGUACACUGAUCAGAGAAAAUUUGGAACAUGUCCACAUGGUGGGUAUGGUCUUGGCCUUGAGAGAUUUCUGUGCUGGAUCCUCAACAGAUACCACAUUCGUGAAGUGUGUCUCUACCCGAGAUUUGUUGAAAGGUGUAAACCAUAAAAUGACAGAAAAAUAUAAACAGUGUAACAAAGUAUUCUGUAAUUUACUUUUUUAUUGUCGUGGAACAAUUUCAGUUUUCCAGGUCUUUAUUCAUUUACCGGUAAUCUUUCUAUAGGCUAAGUGCGUCUUUCAAUAAGAUGGUUGUAGGGCUGAAUAUUGAGCAAGGCUCAUGAGGCUAUUGCAAAACUGGUUCAUACUGAUAAUUUUGCGCAUUUUUCUAAAUUAAAAUGUUGUGCAUAGCUUUAACGUUUGUUGAACAAAAUAUAAAACUGUUACAUGUUUCAUUUGAUUUGAAAUGUUAGGUAAUAAAUAUAUUUUUGUUAUAUUCAAAUGGAAUUUAGGCCUCAAACGAAAGCAAAUUAUGGGACGAUCAUUAGAAAGUCAGGUAAGGGGCUGAAGGAAAAGCAGAUAAAUAAUUUUGACUAAACAUUAAAGUAAAUAAAUAAUCUGCCCUUUGUUUUAGUGGGAACAAAUACAUAAUCUGGUCCAAAUGCCAAUAAGGAUAGUCUAAGUUCUUCAACAAAUUGAAAAAAUAUUGUUCCAUAAUUAUAAGAAUAGCACUUACAAGCAAAGUACAAUCUGAUUUUAUAACAACCAAAGAUAUCUCCUUGUUUGUACCAGCUGUCUAAAAGGUAUUAGUUUCCUAGCGAUUUUCAGAAUGUUUAUGGUAGGUGAUUUGUAUAUCCCGCUGUGUCACAUGUGCAUAUAUGUAUAGUUUUAUUUCAAUAUGAAUAUUCGUUUGCAUAAAUUUUGAAACACUCCCUAAGUCUAGAAAAUUAAUUCGAAUCAUUUAAUUUUCCUUAGUUAUGAAAUAUUUAGGACCAGGUUUCUAAGUACAUGUACUUUUUAAGUAAAUGGAUAAUCGAACCUGACCAAAACUGCUUACAACCCUGAUUUUCUGAUGGUUUGCUUAAUUGCAGAGAUAUAUAAUGAUAUCAUUUUUAUACAUCAGCAGAAAGGCCAGAGAAUAUAGAUUUGAACUUGAAAAAAAAACUGCUGU